GGCAUCGGAAUUUCCAGUCUCUAGUCGCUUUCAUUCAUUGCGGUGGCGACAGAAAAGAGAGAGAGGGAGGGAGAUGGAGAUGGGUGUGAAGCUUUCAGCUUCGUGGUUUGUUGGGCAGCGCUUCUUCUACGUGAUUAAGGGCGAUCUGGAAGCGAUAGAUUUCACCUGGCCGGGCGUGAAGAGUGGAAAAAGAAAAGAGAAGAGAGAGAUGGUGGAGGAGAAAGGACAGCAAGGUGCAUGUGGAGCAGGAGGAAUUGGAGGAGGACGCUGUAACUCCUGUACCGUUACCUCUCUCUUGGCAACCUCAUACAGUGACUUCCUCAUAUCUCCCCAUGGAACUCAGAAAGCCAUGCUCUUAAACACAUGCAGGUUUCUUGCGAUUCUUCAAAUUAAAGUCGAUGGAGUUUUCAAGCAGUACCAUAAAAUCCAUGAUCAGGGUCCCAGAGUCAAAUGGGACGCAAAAGCAAAGAAGAAAAAGGUGAAAGUAAAAGUAGAAGAAUUGAAAGGACACAUACUGGGCCUUUACUUCUCUGCAAACUGGAAUUCUGCAUCCCAAAAGUUCACUCCAGUCUUAGCUUCUCUCUAUGGCAAGCUUAAGGAACAAGGUGCCUUGUUCGAGAUCGUCUUCAUCUCCUUUGACGAGAACGCGGCUUCAUUCGACGAGUACCGAGCUUCAAUGCCUUGGCUUGCUGUACCAUUCUCGGAUUUGGAGUCGAGAAAGAUGCUGAGCGGGAUGUUUCAGAUCGAAGGGAUUCCCUCUUUGAUUUUCCUCGACGCUGAGAUGAAGACAACGCAGGCGGAAGGCGUGGAUCUCGUGUACAAGUACGGCGUUGACGCCUUUCCAUUCACUACGAAGCGAGUGGAAUAUCUAAGGAAAGAAGAUGAGGAAAAGAGAUCAAAGCAGACCAUCGUCUCCCUCCUGUCAAAUCCUUCAACAGGAAGAGACUUCUUGCGCUCCCACUCAUCUGUGAAGCAGGUGCCGGUAACUUCUCUGGUGGGGAAGACUGUGGCACUCUACUUCUCGGCUCAAUGGUGCUCGCCAGGCUUUAAAUUCACGCCAAGAUUGAUUUCUGUCUACAAUAAGAUCAAACGAGCGAUGGGUACCAAAGAUCAGUUCGAAGUAGUCUUCGUUUCUAGUGACAGAGACGAAGCAACAUUCGAGUUAUAUUAUGAGGUCAUGCCAUGGCUGGCUGUGCCCUUCAAUGAUGAGAAAACGAGAUCUCUGGUCAGAUACUUUGACGUAAGAAGAAUUCCUUGUCUGAUUAUUAUUGGACCAGAUGGCAAGAGCGUGACCGGAGAGGGUAGAAGCCUCAUCAACCUGUACAUGGAGAAUGCUUAUCCGUUUACUCAAGACCAUGUCAGGUCACUAGAGAAACGAAUGGAUGAGGAAGCUAAGAGCUUCCCCAAGUUCCGGCUGCAUUCCGGUCAUCAUCAUCCGCUCCGGCUGGUUUCUGCUUCGUCUGGAGGUGGCCCGUUCAUAUGCUGUGAGUGUGAUGAGCAGGGCUCGGUAUGGGCGUACCAAUGCAUAACAUGUGGAUAUGAAGUGCACCCAAGAUGUGUUACAGAGAAAAAUUGGGCAAAACUUGGGGGAGAUGACUGAUGUUAGGAUCAUGUGGGGAUGGCCCCGUUCCUGUGGUCUGUUGUGUGUUUUCUUCUUCAACUUGGUGGUGCUUUUGUUGACAGAAACAUCAUAUCAUAUCUUUCUUUUCAGUGGUAGUUUGGAGUUUUGGAAUGCUUUAAUGGCUAAUGCUCUGGUUCCUGCUGAAAUGAUUCAGGCUCUUUUAGUCUCAUGGAGGCUUCAUUGUUUC